GCCACCAUUUAUCUCCUCCUGCACCUUCGCUUUCUCACUCAGACGAAGUGAUCCCAUCGCUCGCACUUCUUCUUCUUCUUCUUCUUCUUCCUCUUCUUCUUCUUUUGCUGUUUCCCUAUCUGUCUCUGUCUGUCUAGUCUUCUGGGGCAAAUAGAUGGUCACGGUCUCCCGCAGUUCUCACACCGCCAGGAGUAUGGCCAUGCCGCCUCUCGCCUCGCUCGUCCUGCUCCUCGCCGCCACUGCGGCUUCCCUCGCUUCCUGCUCGGUCAUCGUCAAGACCCUGCCCGGGUACUCCGGCGAACUUCCGUUCUCGCUCGAAACCGGGUAUGUGGGAGUAGGGGAGGACGAGGUAGUGCAGCUGUUUUACUAUUUCGUGGAGUCGGACAGGAAUCCUUCCGAAGACCCGCUUCUUCUCUGGAUCGAAGGCGGCCCCGGCUGCUCCAGCCUCGGCGGUUUCUUCUUCGAAAACGGUCCACUGAAUUUUCAGACCAGAGAUUACAAUGGAAGCUUACCCAGUCUCCAUCCCAACCCAUUCUCAUGGACCCAGGGCAUGAACAUCAUAUUUUUGGAUGCACCCGUGGGGACGGGGUUCUCUUACUCGACCACCACCGACGGCUACAAUGUGGAUGACUACUCCUUUGUGGCACAAAGCUACGAAUUCUUGCGAAAGUGGUUGGUGAAUCAUACGCAAUUUUUGGAGAACCAAUUCUACGUGGGGGGCACCUCUUAUUCCGGAAUGGCUGUUCCUAUGAUCGUGGAAACGAUCUUGGAAGGAAUUGCAGCCGGGAAUGAGCCAACUAUCAACUUGAGGGGUCUCUUGAUGAGCAACCCGGUGACGGAUGCAUUCAUAGACGAUAACUCGAGAGUCGAAUAUGCUAACCGGAUGGCGCUCAUUUCAGACCAGCUUUACGAGGCGGCCAAAACAAACUGCAAUGGCGACUAUGUGAACGUCGACGAUGACAAUGUUCAGUGCAUCGUAGAUAUAAAUGCCAUCGACGAGCUCACCAGCCAAAUCCUGACGGUCCACAUCCUGGAGCCGGAUUGCAGCAACGCCCUGCCUGAUCCACAAGACGACGCUUCCCUCCGAAGAUAUCUCCGGGAAAAUGCCACGGCCAAGUCCACGGACCAUCCCCUCCAUGGGCCCGCACUCUGGUGUCGUAACUACAACCACAUGCUCUGCUAUAUUUGGGCGAACAAUAAAAGCGUUCAAGAAGCGCUUCAUGUCCGACCGGGGACAACGACCUACUGGCCAUACUGCAACAUGACAUUAGCUUACACGAAGGUCGUUAGCAGCGUCGUCGAUUAUCACAAAAACCUCACCAAGGCAAACGUACGGGCUCUCAUCUUCAGUGGGGAUCAUGAUAUGUCAAUCCCGCACAUCGGUACUCAAGCCUGGAUAAACGCUCUGAAUCUGACUUUAGAUGAGAGUUGGAGGGUGUGGUCUGUGGACGGCCAGACAGCAGGAUACGUCAAGACGUACCUUAAGGAUGAUUAUAGCCUGACGUUCACCACGAUCAAGGGAGCAGGACAUUUCGCGGCAGAAUACAAGGUCAAGGAGUGUUUUCACAUGGUGGAUAGAUGGAUGGCUUACUACCCCUUGUAAAAGGAAUAUCAAGCCUAGGAGACACUUUGAGCUCAACAGUAUUAGCAAUCACUGCUUUUCUCGUGCAACGCCAUGUUUUGACGGGAUGAUUGUAGCUCCUUUCUGCUGAUAUUAGAGGAAAAUAAAACUACUCUGAUGAAUGAUCUCGCAAGCAAUUGUCGGAAUAGAUUGUUGGUUUCUUUGCCGCAA